AUGUCUCUACUCACCAAUUAUGAGGGGCUAAGGCAGCAGAUAGAGAGGCUGGUUCGGGAAAAUGAGGAACUGAAGAAGCUGGUGAGGCUUAUUCGGGAGAAUCACCAGCUCAAGACGGCAAUCAAGACGCAGGCAGGGGCCCUGGGCAUCAGCGGGUUCUCCAGUGUGCUUGGCGAGACAGUGGCCAGCUCUCCUCCACACCAGGGUAAGGGUGUCUACCUGCCCCCAUCCCCGGCAGCACCCAGCGAUGUUAUCCUGGAGGACAUAGGGUUCAUGACUCUGGCGCCCCUCAGCGAAAUGCUCAGCAACUCACAGCCCGAUGCACUCAACGUGUUGCUGUCUGGCCCAGCCUCACUGCCGCUCACCAGGCCCCUGGACACCUCCCUGGGCCUGCCCUCAUCUGGCACCCUAACCUCCAGCAGUCCCUUGGCCGGCCACAUGAUGACGCCCCCUGGGGGCACUCUGCCCAGCUCCCUGGCAGGCCCCCUCUCUAUGAACAGUCCCCUGCUCAGUGCCACAGUGGCCCCCAUUGGUGUCACUCCAAGCCUCCUGGCCAUGGGCAACCUAGUGUUGCCGGAGGUGCCAAGGCUAAGAGUGGAAGAGACCCCCCAGGCACCCAAUACCUCAGCUCCUGCAGUGCCUCCUCUCACCCCCAAAGCCCCACCACACUCCACCGAGCAUCCCCAACAGAACCAAGAAACGGAGAACUUCAGCGUGACAUUUGUAGGUGCACCCGUCAGGACUUCCAGCCCUCUGCACCAGGGAGGCAUGCCUGGCCCCAUGCCAGCUUUCUACAGCACCUCAGAUGCCCGGACGCAAUCUAGUACCCAUCAAGGGCCAGUGGCUCCUGCUUCAGUCCCCACCUCCCCAGCUGUCACCCUGCCCGCCCCACCCCCGACACCCAUCCCCCAUUAUGCCCCACAGGAUAGCCUCUCAAACACCACCCAGAAUGCUUCCCACACCCCGGCCCACCUCUCGCCCAGUGUCCACUCCCCUUCACGGGCCCCCUACUCCCCACCUCAAUCCUCCUCCUCCCCGGCUUCGGUUCAAGACUCCCGGGGCCCACGUGCCACGGAGCCGGGUCGGAAGAGUAUGCCGGAACUGGACCGGAAGCUGUCCCCUAGGAAGCUCAAGACCCAAGAACCGAAGCAGCUGGCCUGGGAGAGGCUGGUGGGGGAAAUCGCUUUCCAGCUGGACCGCAGAAUCCUGUCUGGCAUCUUCCCGGAGCGUGCACGUCUCUAUGGCUUCACUGUCGCCAACAUCCCCGAGAAGAUCAUCCAGGCUUCCCUGAACCCCCACAACCACAAGCUAGACAAGGAUCUUUGCCAGACCCUCACCCAGCGCUACGUGAGCAUCAUGAACCGGCUGCAGAGCCUGGGCUACAAUGGGCGGGUGCACCCAGCGCUGACUGAGCAGCUGGUGAACGCCUACGGCAUCCUGCGCGAGCGGCCGGAGCUGGCGGCGUCAGAGGGCAGCUCAUACACCCUGGAGUUCCUGCAGCAGGUGCUGGUGGAGACGGUGCACCCCAGCAUGCUCAAUGACUCGCUGCUGCUGCUGUCCUGCCUCAGUCAGCUGGCCCAUGACGACGGCAAACCCAUGUUCAUCUGGUGACACGUCAGCCCCGGCCAUUAAAGCUGCAGCAGACCCGCUCUCAAGGUCUGGCACAAGCCCCACAGUGUCUAGGGAAGGCACAAGUGCAGGCAGGGGUCCUCUGGACCCCUACUGAGGGCAGGACAUCAGGAGACGGAGAGCCUGGAGAUGGGGUCCAAGCACUGGGAGGAACCGACUGGGCUCAUGCUGGCUGUGGAGGCAGAUGAGCAGGGCAGGACCAGGAGGUGCCUGGAGGAGACGGGGACAGGAGUGCCAGCAUGGGAGGAUGGGAGAGCUGGAGCACACGGGUGCCAGCCUGGGGUGUGGGGAGCACUGAGUCCUGCAGGAAGGAGUGCUAGAGAGUACUGACCCAAGUUUCUGCCUCCGCCCCUAGGUGAGUACAUUCUAGAUUAUGAGCAGUCUUACCGGGAGGUCUGGGGGAGGGACAGGAGGGGCAGGGUAUAGGGGUGAGCACACAGCCCAGACAGGAGGCAGGGGCGUGCAGAAGGGGUUGCUCUCCUCAAGGUGUUGCAUGGUGAAGCAUGGUUCUUGCAGAAAAUUAUGAGAGCAGUGAUCAGGCAGGGCACUCGGCAAAGCCCAGGGCCAUUUCCUUUCCCUUCUGCCCUCCGGCCGUGGGGCCCCAGCUCCACACACAGCUGCACCAUGUGGCCUUGACCCCUGACUCCCUGUAGCUCAAGUGCAUGCACCAAAGAGUGGACCAACAGCAGAAUGUGGCCACUGAGUCUAGCCCCUGCUCAUGCAGCCACCACCUGCCUUCCCCCCCACCCCCAUGCCUGCGUCCCUCACCCCUCUCACACCCCUCCCUGCAAGCGCUGCUCCUGACUGGAUGAGGCCGUGCGUGGGUGCCAGGCUUCCCUGGUUGCUGCUGCUGCAGGCCUGGCACUUCCCCUGCCCUGCUGGAAAGCCCGCGAGGCCCAACAGCACAACCAGCGCAGCUUCAUGCUGCUCAGCAGCCUCAAGCGGCAGAUCUGGACUGGGAGUGCAGGUGUCCGAUUGUGCCCAGCACGUGCCCAAUCUGGGUCCCGUGUACACGUGGAGCUCGAGUGCGGCGCCAGGACGCGCUGGCCUCCAGGGCCUGCUCUCCGCACAGGUAUCCCAGGUGUGGCCAGGGACGUCCUGGCGGUUGCACACCCAGCUGGGCUUCCUGGGAGGGUGCUGCAUCUUGGGUUUCCUACACUGCAUGGCAUGCACCUGCACACACCAAGUGGUGACACCUGCGGACAGAUGACCAGGUUGGGGAGGGCACCCCACGCUAGCGCUUGCUGCUGGGCCGAGCAGUUCGAGGAGGUGGGCACCUUCAGCGUGUUCUGAACUUGGACAACUGCUCCCCAGAUGAGCAGCGGCGGCUCACGGAGCGCACGGAGCAGGAGCACCCGCUCUUUAGCCGCCUCUGGGACAACUGCCACUGGUCCUCAGGACGCGCCCGCAGCUGCCUGCUGCCUGCACCAAGCGCUGGGGACUGCCCUGAAGGCUAUUGCUGCAGGCCUGCUGCUCCCCCUUCUAGCAGCGCGCUACCCGCUGGAUACCCUGGCACCCCCAGCCGCCCAGGUCCCAAAGUGCAGGAGUGGGACAU